CUGAGCUAAGGUUUGUUAAUCCGCUUCAGACUGGCACAGAAUGCAGACUAGAAACACAGAUAAUUGGACUCUUAAAUCGGAAGCAAGUGUGCUGUAAUGAUAUGUGUGAUGCAGUGAUCAUUUCAGGAUGCAGCAAAUGAGACAGAUCCAGACUGCUGUACUUGUCGUCUUCUUCAUGGACCAGACACUCUCGACUAAAAACCAGGCCACUUUAGAAACGUGCAGCCCAGCAUCUGACCUGAUAUUUGUCCUAGAUGGUGGCUUAUAUAUUGACUUUGCCAGGGACAUCAUCAUGGAUUACAACACUCACCACAUACCCGACUAUGCAGUCCGUGUUGGACUGGUUCUGUGUGAAGACGAUUCCGUGCAUUAUCUCCCCUUGCAGUCGGGGAUGAAUGAUGUAGCCGAUAAAUUUGCAAGUAUCAGAUACAUAUAUACAUUGCAGAAACUUAAUGUUCAUUCAAAGGAACCAAUGACACAGGCUCUGAUUAACAGACAGAUCAACACCUUAACCUUCUUGUCAUCAUCAAACUCGAGUUGCUUAGCACUAGCACAGGAGAUGUUCCUCAAUCCAAUCAGAGAUGAUGUGGGUAAGAUGGCGAUGUUUGUAACAAACGGAGACUGGUGGAAUACUACGGAUCACGUUGAUGAUGCUCUCCUUCUGAAGGAGGACAAUAUUACCCUUGUCACUGUGGCUGUUGGGGUUCAGGAUAUUGAUACGUUAAAUGACUUAAUGACCAUUGCCUCUGGCGAAGGUACAUUCGUUGUAGUGAAAGAUAAGACGGCACUUAACGUCCUGGCAACCGAGCUCUCAAGAGGAAACUGCCAACCAAUAACAUUACAACUGAAAUAUCCAGAGACCAGUUCCAACAAUUCCACAACAACAGCUGUACCACGUGCACCCUGUAACAGACGAAAACUGGGGACAAACACUUACGAACAACUGACAUAUUACCCUGGCUUCGGAUACCUUGUGGAUCACAAAGAGACAUGUCCGGAUAGGAAGCUGUUCAUCCAGGAUAUGUGUGGCUGUAUAUGAGACUGACAUGUACAUUGUAUCAGUGUGAUAAUCUCUGUCUUGAAACAGUUCAACCAGGAUAUGUGUGACUGUAUGUGAAACUGACAUGGACAUCGUGUAUAGUGUCGGAGUGAUCAUCUCAGUGAUCAAGCUGUUUAACCAGGACAUGUGUGGCUGUAUGUGAAACUGACAUGGACAUUGUGUAUAGUGUCGGAGUGAUCAUGAGACCGACAUGUACAUUGUGCAUAGUGUUGGUAUGAUCAUCUCAGUCAUGACGCUCUUCAUCAGGAUGUGUAUGGCUGUAUAUUAGUGAGUGUGUGAGUGAGUGAGUGAGUGAGUUGGGUUUAACGCCGAUUUUAACAGUAUUCCAGUUAUAUCACGAUGUGUCAGCUUAAUGUGGGAGGAAAGCCCAAAGUGA